AACAGAAUACCCAGCUUAACAGCUGGCAAUUUCAGCAUUUGAUUAUACAUAUUUAUUUUUUGAUACAGAAUAAAAGAGGAAAACAAAAUGAGUCUUCCGCCGGCUCUUUUAGCCAGAUUGGCUCAGCGUGGCCUAGUUAAAAAACAAAAGUUGCAAAAGGAAAAUGAGCCUCCAGUGGCUUCCACUGACAAUGAAGAGGUUAUUGCAGAGGACUACGAUGAAAUGGACGCUGAGCCAGCAACGCAAACCACUUCUGAUGACUAUCAAUACCCCUCUCAAUAUGAUUUGGACCAGGACACAGUUCGUAAGCCGGUUGAGGAUAACAAUUGGCUGGCGCAAAUGAAGACAAGAAUGGGCGAAGCCAACUCGACGGCAGGUUAUAAAUGUUGUCCAAAUAAGUAUAAUAUUUGGCACAAAUGCACUCUAUAUUGCGUUAAUCGUUGGUCCGAAGGCAUACCAAAGCCAUCUGCAGAGUACAUGAAACGCUAUAAACGAUUGAUACGAAAAUAUCCGCUUUCCAAAGGAUGGGUUGAAAUGUAUGAUCCUGGUUGCGGCUGUUAUUAUUUUGCUUGUGAAGCAGACAAUGUUGUAUCUUGGCUACCACCUACACAUCCAAAAUCGGAGAUAACUAAAUGUGCAGCUGCAGUUAGGAGACAAAUGGAGGAGUCGUCAGGAGAAACUGUAGUAGACAGCGAUGCUGAGGAACACAGCGACAAUGAUGCAAAUAUUAAAGAAACGGCUCAAUCGCGGCAUCAUCGAGAAGUAGAUGAAAUAAUAACGGCCUCAUUGAAAUCAAAUUCACCCCGUACAUUGAACUCUCAUGAGUUUCCAUCGUUGCAAGAGGUAGCAGACAGUCCAUCCGCUCCUUUGCCACGCAAACAGAAAUCUCGUGAUUUGGAUAGAGUAGCUCGUCAGCGAAGAGAUAGAGGAGAACGUGAUCGUAAUGAACGAGAUCGUGAUAGAGAUCGGGAAGACCGGGAUAGAGAUAGGGAAAGGGAUCGCGAUCGUUAUUCCAAUUACAAGCGACGGCAGAGGGAGAAUUCCGAAGUAGUUGACCCUAUGGAUCCGAGUUCUUAUUCCGAUAUUCCUCGAGGAAAAUGGGCUGAUGGUCUACAGACUGGUGGAGAAGAUAGAAAAAAGAGAUCUGAAGAUUCGUCAUCAAAACGCGUAAAGGGCCGUGAUAUACGGGACGAUACUUAUGGUAAUUCUGAAGAUGACGAUGAGGAUGACUAUCAUUAGUUUAUUAUAUAUGGAAAAUCUAAUAAAUAUUUUUUUUUUCCCAAAAAUAUCAAAUUUAAAAUAUUUAUCCAAAUCCGAACCAAAUA